AUGGGUGACGCUCUGAUGGCCGAGUUUGGGAAGGCCGCUCCUUUCCUGAGAAAGUCUGACAAGGAGCGCCUAGAAGCGCAGACCCGAGCCUUCGACAUCAAGACCCAAUGCUUCGUGGUGGACGACAAGGUAGAAUACAUGAAGGGACAGAUUCAGAGCAAAGAUGGUGGGAUGGUGACGGUCAGUAAGGAGGAUGGAACAACAGCGACCGUGAAGGAGGUGGACGUCCACCCCCAGAACCCGCCCAAGUUUGAUAAAAUUGAAGACAUGGCGAUGUUCACCUUCCUUCAUGAACCUGCUGUGCUGUUCAACCUUAAGGAGCGCUACGCCGCCUGGAUGAUCUACACCUACUCUGGGCUUUUCUGCGUCACCGUCAACCCUUACAAGAUGCUCCCCGUCUACGAUGCAGAGGUGGUGGCAGCAUACAGGGGGAAGAAAAGGACCGAGGCUCCCCCUCACAUCUUCUCCAUCUCCGACAAUGCCUACCAGUACAUGUUGACCGACCGGGAGAACCAGUCUGUCCUCAUCACCGGAGAAUCCGGAGCUGGGAAAACUGUGAACACCAAGAGAGUCAUCCAGUACUUUGCCAGCAUCGCUGCAGUCGGCGGGGGAAAACGCGACACUAGCAAAGGGACGCUGGAGGACCAGAUUAUCCAGGCCAACCCGGCACUGGAGGCCUUUGGAAAUGCCAAAACCCUGAGGAAUGACAACUCAUCUCGUUUUGGGAAAUUCAUCCGAAUUCAUUUUGGUACAAGCGGGAAGCUGUCAUCUGCCGAUAUUGAGACUUACCUGCUGGAAAAGUCCCGGUGCACCUUUCAGCUCAAGGCUGAGAGGAACUACCACAUCUUCUACCAGAUCCUGUCCAAUCAGAAGCCAGAGCUGCUGGACAUGCUACUGAUUACCAACAACCCUUACGACUACUCCUACAUCUCCCAGGGAGAGGUGACAGUGGCCUCCAUCAAUGACUCGGAGGAGCUGCUAGCCACCGACAGCGCCUUUGACGUGCUGGGCUUCACUCCGGAGGAGAAGAUGGGCGUCUAUAAACUCACUGGGGCUAUCAUGCACUACGGCAACAUGAGGUUCAAACAAAAGCAGCGCGAGGAGCAGGCUGAGCCGGACGGGACGGAGGCUGCUGAUAAAACAGCCUACCUGAUGGGGCUGAACUCUGCCGACCUCAUCAAGGGGUUGUGUCAUCCCAGGGUGAAGGUUGGGAAUGAAUACGUAACCAAAGGUCAAAGUGUGGACCAAGUCUACUACUCCCUCGGUGCCCUUGCUAAGUCGGUCUAUGAAAAGAUGUUCAACUGGAUGGUGGUGAGGAUCAACCACUCGCUGGACACCAAGCAGCAUCGUCAGUACUUUAUAGGAGUACUGGAUAUUGCUGGGUUCGAGAUCUUUGACUACAACACUUUCGAGCAACUGUGCAUCAACUACACUAACGAGAAACUGCAACAGUUUUUCAACCAUCACAUGUUUGUUCUGGAGCAAGAAGAGUACAAGAAAGAAGGCAUUGACUGGGAGUUCAUUGACUUUGGGAUGGAUCUACAAGCGUGCAUUGACCUCAUUGACAAGCCGCUGGGAAUCAUGUCAAUUCUGGAGGAGGAAUGCAUGUUUCCCAAAGCCAGUGAUCAGACUUUCAAGUCCAAGCUGUACGACAAUCAUCUGGGAAAGAACAAGAUGUUUGAGAAGCCUAGGGCUGCGAAGGGGAAAGCAGAGGCCCAUUUUGCCCUGGUUCACUACGCUGGCACGGUGGAUUACAACAUCACCAAUUGGUUGGUCAAAAACAAAGAUCCCCUGAAUGAAACUGUGGUCGGCCUUUACCAGAAAUCCUCUCUGAAGCUGCUCAGUGUGCUGUUUUCCAGCUAUUCAGGAACUGACAGCGACAAGGCAAGCGGCAAAGGAGCCAAAAAGAAAGGUUCCUCAUUCCAGACUGUGUCAGCGCUUCACAGGGAAAACCUGAACAAGCUGAUGAACAACCUGAAGACCACACACCCACACUUUGUCCGCUGUCUUAUUCCCAAUGAGAAAAAAAUUCCGGGGGUGAUGGAUAACUGCCUGGUGAUGCACCAGCUGCGCUGCAAUGGCGUCUUGGAAGGCAUCAGGAUCUGCAGGAAGGGUUUCCCCAACAGGGUGCUCUAUGGCGACUUCAAACAGCGAUACAGGAUCCUGAAUGCCUCUGCCAUCCCUGAGGGCCAGUUCAUUGAUUGCAAGAAGAGCGCAGAGAAGCUGCUGGGAUCCCUAGACAUCGACCACACUCAGUAUCGCUUCGGUCACACCAAGGUCUUCUUUAAAGCCGGCCUGCUGGGCACUCUGGAGGAGAUGCGUGAUGAGCAACUCUCCCGAAUUAUCACCAGGAUUCAGGCCAAUGCCCGGGCAAUCCUCAUGAGGGAAGAAUUUGCAAAGCUAAUGGAACGCAGAGAUGCCCUGAUGGUAAUUCAGUGGAAUCUUCGCUCCUUUCUGGGUGUAAAAAACUGGCCCUGGAUGAAACUAUUCUUCAAGAUCAAACCACUGCUGAAGAGUGCCGAGUCUGAGAAGGAGAUGGCCAACAUGAAGGAUGAGUUCAGCAAGUUGAAAGAAGCUCUGGAGAAAUCAGAAACAAGACGUAAGGAACUUGAGGAGAAAAUAGUGACUCUUCUUCAAGAGAAGAAUGAUCUGACUCUACAUAUUCAGUCUGAACAAGAUACACUGACGGAUGCUGAAGAACGCUGCGAACAGCUUAUCAAGAGCAAAAUUCAACUGGAUGCAAAACUGAAAGAGAUGAUCGAGAGGCUGGAAGAUGAAGAGGAACUGAAUGCAGAUCUCACAGCAAAGAAACGGAAGCUUGAAGAUGAAUCCUCCGAGCUGAAAAAGGACAUAGAUGAUCUGGAGCUGACUUUGGCAAAAGUGGAGAAAGAGAAACACGCCAUAGAGAAUAAAGUGAAAAACCUGAUGGAAGAGAUGGCUUCCCAGGACGAAAACAUCAUGAAGCUAACAAAAGAGAAGAAGGCGCUGCAAGAGGCUCACCAGCAGACACUUGAUGACCUUCAAAGUGAAGAAGACAAAGCCAAUAGUUUAACCAAAGCCAAAGUUAAGUUGGAGCAGCAGGUGGACGAUCAGGAGGCCUCUUUGGAGCAAGAGAAGAAACUCAGGAUGGAACUUGAACGCUCAAAGAGGAAGUUUGAAGGAGACCUAAAACUGACUCAAGAGAGCUUGAUGGACUUAGAAAACGACAAGCUGCAGCUGGAGGAAAAACUAAAAAAAAAAGACUUUGAGAUGGUCCAGAUAACUUCAAGACUAGAUGACGAGCAGGUUGCUUCAGUUCAGCUCCAGAAGAAGCUGAAGGAAAACCAGGCGAGAAUUGAGGAGCUGGAAGAGGAGCUAGAUGCUGAGCGAGCAGCCCGUGCCAAAGUCGAGAAGCAGCGGUCUGAUCUUUCCCGUGAGCUGGAGGACAUCAGCGAGCGCCUGGAGGAGGCAGGCGGAGCAACGUCGGCGCAGGUGGAGAUGAACAAAAAGAGAGAUGCUGAGUUCCAGAAGCUGCGUAGGGAUCUGGAGGAAUCCACGCUCCAACACGAGGCCACUGCGGCCUCCCUGAGGAAGAAGCACGCCGACAGCGUGGCCGAGCUAGGGGAGCAGAUCGACAACCUGCAGCGAGUGAAGCAGAAGCUGGAGAAGGAGAAGAGUGAGUUGAAGCUGGAGAUAGAUGACUUGUCUUCCAACAUGGAGAGCGUGGUGAAAGCUAAGUCCAACAUUGAGAAGAUGUGCCGAACUAUGGAGGACAACAUGAAUGAGUACAAGAGCAAAUGUGAAGAGUGUCAGCGGGCCGUCAACGACCUGACGACCCAAAGAGCCAAGCUGCUUACUGAGAACAGAGAGUUUGGCCGUCAGUUGGAGGAAAAGGAGAGUCUGAUUUCACAGCUGACCAGAGGGAAGAGCUCAUACAACCAGCAGGUAGAAGAUCUACGUAGACAGCUGGAAGAAGAAGUCAAAGCAAAAAACGCCCUCGCCCACGCGGUGCAAUCUGCUCGUCACGACUGUGAUCUGCUCCGAGAGCAGUUUGAAGAGGAGCAGGAAGCCAAGGCCGAGCUGCAGAGAGUUCUGUCCAAGUCCAACACAGAGGUCUCAGCAUGGAGAACAAAGUAUGAAACAGAUGGAAUCCAGCGAACAGAGGAACUGGAGGAGGCAAAGAAGAAGCUGGUUCAAAGACUGCAGGAGGCAGAGGAGGCCAUCGAGGCUGUGAACGCAAAGUGUUCGUCCCUCGAGAAGACCAAGCACCGCCUACAAAAUGAAAUCGAAGACCUGAUGCUGGACCUAGAGAAAUCCAAUGCUGCGUCUGCAGUCCUGGACAAGAAACAAAGAGCCUUUGACAAAGUCAUGGCAGAGUGGAAGCAAAAGUUUGAGGAGUCUCAGUGCGAACUGGAGGCAUCUCAGAAGGAGUCUCGGUCUCUGAGCACCGAACUCUUCAAACUGAGGAAUGCCUACGAGGAGUCUCUGGAUCAACUAGAGACAAUAAAGAGGGAGAACAAGAACCUCCAGGAGGAGAUUUCGGACCUCUCCGAGCAGUUGGGGGAGGGCGGCAAGAGUGCUCAUGAACUGGAGAAGAUUCGAAAGCAGCUAGAGCAGGAAAAGGCAGAGCUCCAGUCAGCUCUCGAGGAGGCGGAAGCUUCUUUGGAGCAUGAAGAGAGCAAGAUCCUCCGAGCCCAGCUGGAGUUUAACCAGGUUAAGGCCGACAUGGACCGUAAGGUGGCUGAGAGAGAUGAAGAAAUGGAGCAGGCCAAGAGAAACUACCAACGGACUCUGGAGUCGCUUCAGUCCUCUCUGGAGUCGGAAACAAGGAGCCGCAAUGAGGCCCUAAGGGUCAAGAAGAAGAUGGAGGGCGAUCUCAACGAAAUGGAGAUCCAGCUCAGCCAAGCCAACAGGCAGGCGGCCGACGCCUCGAAACAGUUGAAGAGCCUUCAGGCCUUCCUGAAAGACUCUCAGCUGCAGCUGGACGACGUGCAGCACGUGAACGACGACCUGAAGGAGAAUAUUGCUCUUCUGGAACGCAGGAACAACCUGAUCCAGGCUGAGCUCGAGGACCUGAGGGCCGCCCUUGAGCAAACGGAAAGAAGUCGCAAGCUGGCCGAACAGGAGCUAACCGACGCUGCAGAGCGCAUGCAGCUGCUCCACUCCCAGAACACCAGCCUUAUCAACCAGAAGAAGAAGCAUGAGGCGGACCUCUCACACAUGCAGGGUGAGAUGGAGGAUGCCUUGCAGGAGAACCGCAACGCUGAGGAGAAGGCCAAGAAGGCCAUCACAGAUGCGGCCAUGAUGGCGGAGGAGCUAAAGAAAGAGCAGGACACAAGCUCCCAUCUGGAGCGCAUGAAAAAGAACAUGGAGCAGACCAUCAAAGACUUGCAGCACCGUCUGGACGAGGCCGAGCAGAUCGCCAUGAAGGGUGGCAAGAAGCAGCUCCAGAAACUGGAGGCUCGCAUCAAGGAGCUAGAGAACGAGCUGGAGGCGGAGCAGAGGAUGGGAACCGAGUCCACCAAGGGGGUUCGCAAAUACGAGCGGCGCCUUAAGGAGCUCACUUACCAGACCGAGGAAGACCGCAAAAAUGUGGCCCGCCUCCAGGACCUGGUGGACAAGCUGCAGCUGAAGGUUAAGUCCUACAAACACGCGGCUGAGGAGGCGGAGGAGGGAGCAAACGCCAACAUGGCCAAAGUACGCAAGCUGCAGCACGAGCUGGAGGAGGCUGAGGAGAGGGCCGACAUUGCAGAGUCGCAGGUCAAUAAGCUGAGGGCCAGGACCAGAGACGGGUCCUCCAAGAAGAGCCUGGACGACUAAGGAGUUCCCAGAAGGCGGUUACAGGAGUUCCUGCACCAUGUGACCGGAGUUAUUGAAGAGGACCCAGAGACAACACAAGUUUAUACAAGGAAUACUCUUUAUUCUUUAUUAUCCUUUAGAGAAUAGUUAGUGAACUUCACUUUCUGAAUUUGUGAUUCUACUUUUAGAAACAAUCAGUUUAACUCUGAUUAUUAAUGAGGUUCAGAAACUUGAAAGAGUAAGUUAAGUUAUGAAACAUCAAACACACUAGUGGUCCUUCAGAUCUUCAUUAACUGGAUCAACAGAUUGAUUAAUUGAUUGAUGUUAGUAAGGGUAUGUAUAAGAAACUUUAUUAAAAGGAUCUAUGACAGUAAACCAUCUUUUGAAGAACUCAGUGUGUCAUUCUGUCGUUUACAAAUAAACGUCAUUCUGCAGGAAAUUCAGUUUGUAUUGAUUCUUAACGCAGUAAAAGUUAAGCAUCGUCUCCCCCGAAACGAGGUCAGGUUUUAGGAAAACAAAAAGCACUAAGCUGAGAACAGUUUGUAACAUACCGUUUGUUUUAAAAAUCGAUGAUAGUUAUUUAUUACAUUUAAUAAUCCUGAAUAAGUGGAUGAAAGAAAUGUAUGACCAUCACAUAAACACAUCCAUAAGAAGGUUGACAUUACAAACAUUCAGGAUUGUAUUCAAAAGGGUGAAAAUAAAACAGCAUCAAAUAGCCUUAUCGUAAUCAAACGUCAAGCUUUUAUUCUGAAGAGGUGAUUUGGGAGCUUCCGGUCCGUAUUGAACUCGGUGGACUUCACUCUGCAGGUCUAUAAACCGCUGAUCAGAUGACUCCAGGUGACGGGCACCUGGGGGAGGACUCGUUCCAGGGUCCGGCUCACCUGGACCCCGGGUCCGGCUCAGCGGCCGCUUUACACUGGGAAGCGGAAACGAGGUUGUGUGACCGGAAGUGGGUCCGACCGGUCACCAGACCAUAGAUAUAUAUAAACAUAGAUAUAAAUGCCAAACGUCUCGUCCUCACGUGGCGGCCAUAUUGGUACAGUCAGCUCGCUCAACAUUGUGUUGGUACUUUAAAUAAUAACUUUUUUCAGGACAUUUUCAACCGAUUUUCAAACCGUUUGGUUUGUUACAAACGUCAGAGACUGGUGACCCUUUCAAAAUAAAAUGUGACAUCUAAUUGUAACCUGAGGUGUCUUCUGGCUGAAAUGAUGAACUGGUCUAACUACGACCAGAACCAGGUUUCCCCAUUAUCCAUAUUAUGGACUUAUGUCCCAUUUGGAACCCGGACCACCUCGACAGGGACACAAGAACUCCAACUUACUACCUUUUCCACUCCACUGUACAUACUUUUAUAUCACUAAAUAUACUCACAUAAAGAUGCUCUGGAGUCGGCCCCCCUUUCCAGAACCAGUGACGCUUGAGGGACAAUUGGCUGAAAAGCCCUCGUACACGGCGCUCA